GCGCUCGCUCCUUCCAAAAGUAAGCGCAUGCAUCCUCCAGAGCUCAAUUGAGUCCGGCUCCUCUCCGCGCGCGCGUCACGCGGACAUUCGCAUGCGUGAACCUGGGCUGAAAAUGCAGCUGACUUGAUUGUCGUCACAUUAUAAAGUUACAAGGCCAGUCUUUCAUGAACAAGAAAUCGUCUUGACUGGGAUUUCUUUAUUUAUUUUGCUGGGAAGAAAUUGCAAAACAGCUCGACGAUUGCGCAGCAUGCACUGUACUGGAGGCAUUUGGUGGACAUUUCUUCACUUCAAUCUUCUUGUGCUGCAGAUUGAAUGGGAGACGACAGAGGCCAUUCACCCAGAUUGUGCCCUAGUGGUUCAGCACAUGAAGGCUCAGGAAGAAUGUAGACAUAUCAUCAUACAGGAACAAAAGCUCUCCACAGGAACAGGGUGCCAAACAAUAUGGGAUGAGAUUCGCUGCUGGCAUCGUGCUGAAGUUGGACAGGUGGUCGGUGUGACAUGCACCAAUAUCUCCCAGCUGUUUAAUAACAAAGGUUACAUCUACAGGAAUUGCACAGAAAAUGGAUGGUCUGACCUUUAUCCAACCUACACCGAAGCCUGUGAGUUUGCAGAUGACAAUGAAGCAGAAUCAGAGACAACUUACUUCUCCAACUUCAAGCAGGUGUAUACAGCUGGCUAUGCUACCUCCCUCAUCUCUCUGAUAUCUGCCAUUUUUGUCUUCACAGUUUUCAGGAAGUUUCACUGCACCAGGAACUAUAUCCACAUGAACCUCUUCUUCUCUUUCAUCUUGAGAGCGAGUGCUGUCUUUAUCAAAGAUGAAAUUCUCUUCUCCAAUCAAGACCUGGACCACUGUUUCAUGUCAUCUACAUCCUGUAAAUCAGCCGUGGCCUUCUUUCAGUUUAGUAUCCUAGCCAACUACUUCUGGCUAUUGGUGGAGGGAAUGUACCUGCAGACCCUGCUGGCUUUCACGUUUGUAUUUCAGAAAAAAUUCUUCUGGUGGUACAUUCUAAUUGGCUGGGGUCUGCCAACAACAAUAAUAACUGCAUGGGUCCUGACUCGAAACUUCUACGACAAUAGAGGCUGCUGGGACGACACAGAUGUGGCCUUUAUCUGGUGGAUCAUAAAAGCUCCAAUAACCGCAUCAUUAUUGGUCAACUUCAUCAUCUUCAUCAAUGUGAUCCGUAUUCUGGUGCAGAAACUGCGAUCUCCUGGUGUUGGUGGCAAUGACACCAGUCACUUCAAGAGACUGGCCAAAUCUACUCUGCUGCUCAUUCCGCUUUUUGGGAUGCACUACAUGGUGUUUGCUUUUUUACCAGAAAACACAGGAGCAGAGGCUCGUAUUUUCAUAGAACUUGGUUUAGGAUCCUUCCAGGGAUUUGUUGUGGCUCUACUCUACUGUUUCUUAAAUGGUGAAGUGCAAGCAGAACUGAAGAAGAGGUUUUGGAAGUGGCAGACUCAGAAUUACCUUCGCUACAGUAAAAGACGUCGAACCUUGUUCACUGAAAGUAGUACAGUUACACAGAUAUCUGUCCUUGACAAAUCCAGCCCUAAAGAUCAGCAAGGCUUGGAGACAAAUGCCCUCUCAAGUGUGGUGACACCCUGCAACAUCUCCGCUGUUUAAGAAAUAUUGAUUUGUAUUAGCGCUCCAGUUGCAUGCUGGAUAGAUCUUAACAAAUGUCAAAAUUACAGCGCUUGUUGAAUGUAUUUUUAAGUUUUGUAUAGUGUGAAACAUCUGUAAAAUCUACCAAGUUUGGAAAAUAUUGCGUUCAAGGUAGUCAUGAUGAACAUAUUUGAUUAAACAGUAUUUCACCUGUCUUGUGGUAAUAAUGAUCAAAUUAAUAAAACCAAAAAAACAUUCUCCAUUACAGCUACCGAUGUCGAUUUGAAGCAAAUGUCUUUGAUUAAGUCAUGAGAAUUUUUUUUUUUAAUUGUUCAUUCAUUAAUUGAAUUAAUCAAAUUUUAAAAAUCAGCAUCUUCCAAGCAACCCAACGAAAUCCCAAGCAGGCACCAGGAGAACAUGUUCACUCCCCAUUAGUGUUAUACCUUUUUUGGGCUACUGAUAGCGAUUCAGCGUCUUGGCUCCAUUACCUGACUUCAUUGUUGUUUAUUCCUGGCCUGAGGAGGAAAUGUCAAUUUUUCAAAAAGUUUCACUGCCUUUUAUGUCGGAAUCUCUUCAUUCAACUUCAGACCAAUGUUUCAGUGCCAAUUAACAUAAGCCCAUUUCCAGUGUUGUUAAUAAUGGCGUUAGAAUAAAACUGCGUUACUAACAGCGUUAUUUUUUUCAGUAGCGAGUAAUCUAAUUAAUUACUUUCCUCAUCUUGGCAACACGGUUACCGUUACGGAGGAUGGAGAGGCGUGCGUUACUAUAUUGGUUGAUAAGUCUGAGGGAGACGGACUCAAAGAGACGACAGAGCAGAGCAGGAGUGGGGAGGAGGCAAAAAAGUUGUGACGCCGAGCAAACGCAAUGCUAGGUGGCUCCAAUAAUACCUGACUGCAGCCG